AUGGACUUUCAACCGCCCGACAUUCCCGACGUCAUUCGGGAUCACAUUCUGCACGAAGUAGGAUUGAGAACUCCAGAACUACAAGCGUACGGAAACGUUUUGAGAUUAUAUGGAGAAAAUUCAAUCACCAAGAACGAUUUUGAUUACUGGUAUUGUCGAUUUCUUGAUGACAAUGAUGAAAUGGAUGUAGAAGUAGCUCCGCAAGCCAUAGAAAUCAAUCAAAAUUAUGAUUUAUUCAUCAGAAUGCUUUCUUCGUAUUAUCAAUUAAGACAGCUACUCCCCCUUCGCCAGAUUUGCCGACGUUUUCGCGACGUUAUCGAUUCAAAUUACACGCCCUUCACCGAUAUUCAUGUUGCUAUUGGUCAUGAUUACGUUUACGUGAAGUUCAACGACAUGAGAAGUCUCUAUUCACAUAAGGAAGUAAGAGAAUACAAGUACGGACACAAAUAUCAUGAUGAGAAUAAGACGUUCAUUGAAGGAGAAGGUUAUUUGACAAAAGCAUUCGAUGCUGUCGCUGUAGCAUUGAGAAAUCAGCAGAAUAUAUUGAGAACAUUUCGAUUGAGUUGGCAUCCGAGAGCAAAGCAGACAAAUAGAGAACAAACUGCUGAAAAUGUGGAGUUUUUCUAUGAGAGAGUGAGGUUACUCCUUGUCAACCAACCAUUUCAAUUCGCCGUCAGGGACUUCUCGAUUCAAGAUACGAAUCUUCCGAGAGUUCUCGCUAUUCUACAGCAUCUAUCACCUGAAACAAUCAGAAAAUUUGAAAUCAGUGAUGUGAAUUAUGGCUCGUGGAGACUCGGUGUUAUCGGAGAUGCAGAACAAAUAAUGGAACAAAUGGUUGAAACGCCACAAUGGACCUCUUUGAGUUAUAUACAGAUAAUCCACACUCCCAUCAAUAUUCCUUUGCAUAACUUCGUCUACUGCAUUGAAUUUGAAAUCGCUGUGGAAUCGGUCACGAUUGAAGAGAUUAUUCGGCUAAAAAAUACACUAUUGGAGAGACCGAGGUUUAGAAGAUGCAAAGUAAUGACACGAACAGAAUUUAAUUUUGAUGAGAUAAUUCCAUUUCGAAACAUGGGAGUCUUGUUGAACGGAUACAGACAUCCUGCUGAUAAUUGUCCAUAUACAUAUCGUUGUUCUAUUCCUUUCACAAUUUUCCAAUUGGCUGUCACUCUUCGAGAUGUCUCAUUUGAAAUUAACAGAGUUCAACGCAGACAACAAAAUGUUCAUUGA